AUGAAAUACUUUUAUUUUAUCCUAAGUGCUUUGUCACUAGUAUAUAUUUCCGUCGUCCACGCCAGAUCUAGUGCAAUUGAUGACUCAUACGCACCUUCAGCUGACUCAGGUCGAUUUGACAUACCUGAUAACAUUCAAGGCGGUGAUCUUGAUUGCGAGACAAGAGAGACCGAACAAAAUCUCCUUCUUCCGUUUGGUCGCCCUACCAAAGGAAAUGGCCGGAACGCAGGUCGUGAACCUCCAGCUAUCCGUGAACAGCUCGACAGCGUUGACGGUGAAUCUGCCAGCGAAGCUGAAAUCGAGAACCUGACUUAUUACACCUACUUGGUGGCCAAUGCUUACUGCCGGAACGUCGUCCUGAACAGCGACUGGAAUUGUCCUCACUGCAAGGGCUACGUGGAUGAUGUGUCGCUGAUAUACACAUUUAAGUCAGAAGAGUAUGAUAUGCGAGGCUACAUCUUGAGAGACGACAAUAACAAGGUCAUUAACAUUGUCUACAGAGGUUCAAAUUCGCUAAAAAAUUUCAUUUCGGACUUUCAAACCGACAAGAUAGACUACCCGCCUGUCAGAGGAACUCAAGUUCACCGAGGCUUUUACAAUUCUUAUUUGGAUGUCGCUGAUCUGGUUGUACCAGUGGCUCAACAGGAGAUCGAACUUCAUCCAGACUAUUCGUUUGUAGUUACAGGACAUUCACUUGGUGCAGCAGUUGCCAUUUUAUCAGCCUUGGAUCUUUAUCAAAAAGACACAAGAUUUGGUCCAGAUAAUAUGAGAAUAUACACCUUUGGUGGUCCCCGUGUUGGUGAUCCCGCAUUUGCUUACUAUACCAUUGGUACAAAUAUUCCUUUGACCCGAACAGUCCAUCGCUUGGAUGUUGUACCUCAUGUACCUCCUCAAAAUAUGGGAUUCCUUCAUGCUGGCCCUGAGUAUUGGAUUCAGCAAGACAGUGGUCGAGUUAAGGUUUGCAACACUCAAACUGAGAUUGGCGAGUGCUCAAAUUCAAUCGUUCCUUACACGACUGGUGAUGAUCAUAUAAAAUACUUCAACAUAGCCACAGGAACUUGCAAGUAA